CGCCGGCAGCGCGCCCCGGGGAGCCGGGACCCCGAGGCAGGGCCGCCGGGCCGUGGCUGGCGGGCGCGCGCGGGCAGCGGGAAGAGCCGACAUGCGGGCCCCGCGCGGAGCCGCGCUCCUCCUGCUGCACCUGGCCCUGCAGCCGUGGCUGGGCGCCGGCGCGCAGGCCUCCCCGCACGUCUUUGACCUUCUGCCAUCCUCCAGCCAGAGGCUGAAUCCUGCUGUCCUGAAGCCAAUCCUGACAGACCCCACCCUGAACGAGCUGUAUGUGAUCUUCACCUUCAAGCUGCAGACCAGGAGCUCAGCCACCGUCUUUGGCCUUUACUCUUCGACUGACAACAGCAAAUAUUUUGAAUUUACUGUGAUGGGACGAUUAAACAAAGCCAUCCUCCGCUACCUGAAGAAUGAUGGGAAGAUUCACCUGGUGGCUUUCAACAACCUGCAGCUGGCUGAUGGCAGGCGGCACAGGGUCCUCCUGAGACUGACCAACUUACGGCGAGGGGCUGGCUCUGUGGAUCUCUACCUGGACUGCAAGCAAGUGGAUUCCGUUCACAAUCUCCCCAGAGCCUUUUCUGGCCUCUCCCAGAAUGCUGAGUCCGUUGAAUUGAGGACUUUCCAGAGGAAGGCACAGGACUUCUUGGAAGAGCUGAAGCUGGUGGUGCGAGGCUCGCUGUUCCAGGUCGCCAGCCUGCAAGACUGCUUCCUGCAGCAGAGUGAGCCGCUGGCCGCCACGAGCACAGGAGACUUUAAUCGUCAAUUCUUGGGGCAAAUGACACAACUAAACCAGCUCCUGGGAGAGGUGAAGGAUCUUCUGAGACAGCAGGUCAAGGAAACAACGUUUUUGCGAAACACCAUAGCUGAAUGCCAGGCUUGCGGUCCUCUCAGCUUUCAGUCUCCGACCCCGAACACACUGGUGCCCCCCGCACCCCCAGCACCUCCGACACCCCCAAUGCGCCGGUGUGAUUCCAACCCAUGUUUCCGUGGCGUCCGCUGUACCAACACCAGAGAUGGCUUUCAGUGUGGGCCCUGUCCCGAGGGCUACACGGGAAAUGGGGUUACCUGUUCUGAUGUUGAUGAGUGCAAAUAUCAUCCCUGCUACCCGGGCGUGCGCUGCGUGAACUUGGCGCCCGGCUUCAGAUGUGACGCCUGCCCAGUGGGCUUCUCAGGGCCGGUGUUGCAGGGUGUUGGGAUCAGUUUUGCCAAGUCAAACAAGCAGGUCUGCGCUGAUAUUGAUGAGUGUCGAAAUGGAGCAUGCGUUCUCAAUUCCAUCUGUGUUAACACUUUGGGGUCUUAUCGCUGUGGGCCUUGUAAACCAGGGUACACUGGCGAUCAGACAAGGGGAUGCAAAAUUGAAAGAAACUGCAGGAAUCCAGAACUGAAUCCUUGCAGCGUGAACGCGCAGUGCAUCGAAGGGAGGCAGGGGGAUGUGACGUGCGUGUGCGGAGUCGGUUGGGCUGGUGAUGGAUACAUCUGUGGAAAGGAUGUGGACAUCGACAGUUACCCUGAUGAGGAACUGCCAUGCUCUGCCAGGAACUGUAAGAAGGACAACUGCAAGUAUGUGCCAAAUUCUGGCCAAGAAGAUGCAGACAGAGAUGGCAUUGGAGAUGCUUGUGAUGAGGAUGCUGAUGGAGAUGGGGUCCUGAAUGAGCAGGAUAACUGUGUCCUGACUCACAACAUGGACCAAAGGAACAGUGACAAAGAUAUCUUUGGGGAUGCCUGUGAUAACUGCCGGAAUGUCCUAAAUAAUGACCAGAAAGACACUGAUGGGGAUGGAAAAGGGGAUGCCUGUGAUGAUGACAUGGAUGGCGAUGGAAUAAAAAACAUUCUGGACAACUGCCCCAAAGCUCCCAAUCGUGACCAACAGGACAAGGAUGGUGAUGGCGUGGGGGAUGCCUGCGACAGUUGUCCUGAUGUCAGCAACCCUAACCAGUCUGAUGUGGAUAACGACCUGGUUGGGGACUCCUGUGACACCAACCAGGACAGUGACGGAGACGGGCACCAGGACAGUACAGACAACUGCCCCACUGUCAUUAACAGUGCCCAGCUGGACACUGACAAGGAUGGAAUUGGUGACGAGUGUGAUGAUGACGAUGACAAUGAUGGCAUCCCAGACCUGGUGCCCCCUGGACCAGACAACUGCCGGCUGGUCCCCAACCCAGCCCAGGAGGAUAGCAACAGAGACGGUGUGGGAGACAUCUGUGAGACAGACUUUGACCAGGACCAGGUCAUCGACUGGAUCGACGUCUGCCCAGAGAACGCGGAGGUCACCCUGACCGACUUCAGGGCCUACCAGACUGUGGUCCUGGACCCUGAAGGCGACGCCCAGAUCGAUCCCAACUGGGUGGUCCUGAACCAGGGCAUGGAGAUCGUGCAGACCAUGAACAGUGACCCCGGCCUGGCAGUGGGGUACACCGCUUUUAAUGGAGUUGACUUUGAGGGGACCUUCCACGUAAACACCCAGACGGACGAUGAUUAUGCCGGCUUUAUCUUUGGUUACCAAGACAGCUCCAGCUUCUACGUGGUCAUGUGGAAGCAGACAGAGCAGACGUAUUGGCAGGCCACCCCGUUCCGAGCUGUUGCAGAACCUGGCAUUCAGCUUAAGGCCGUGAAGUCUCAGACAGGUCCAGGGGAGCAUCUCCGCAACUCCCUGUGGCACACUGGGGACACCAGCGACCAGGUGAGGCUGCUGUGGAAGGACUCCAGGAACGUGGGCUGGAAGGACAAGGUAUCCUACCGCUGGUUCCUGCAACACCGGCCCCAGGUGGGCUACAUCAGGGUACGAUUUUAUGAAGGCUCCGAGUUGGUGGCUGACUCCGGGGUCACCAUCGACACCACCAUGCGUGGAGGCCGGCUUGGCGUCUUCUGCUUCUCCCAAGAAAACAUCAUUUGGUCCAACCUCAAGUAUCGCUGCAAUGACACCAUCCCAGAGGACUUCCAAGAGUUUCAAACCCAGAAUUUCGAUCGCCUGGAUAAUUAAACUGAGGAAGCAAUCCGUAACUGCUUCUCCAAACACUAAAGCCAUGUAUUUUUUAACUUCCUUCUUUAUAUACACUGUGGCUUUCUUUUACCAGCCCAAAUAUAUCAAACUUUUUAUAUGAAUGUGCCAAUAAAGAAGAGAUAAUUUCUAAAAA